GCAGGGAGAUGAAGAAUUAGAGUAGCGGGCUGCCAGACUGUCCCCAAGCUUGCACACAGCCCUGCCAGAGCCCUGCCCGCGCACAGGACCAGCGUAGCAUGGAAGCGGGCAUCGCGUUCCACUCCGGCCUGCAGCACGCCCACACCUCGCAGCCUCCGCCCACCGCCUCUUCGACGCACUCGCGCAUGACUUCCACCGGCGGGCCCCCAGCCCUCAUGUCCCACCAGAGCUUCCAGAGCCAGUACAGCAGCUACUCGCACAACAGCGCCCGCGACACGCAGGGCACCAAUGCCACCAGCACCUCGACGCUAUUCGGCCAGGCGCCGGCCGUCUUCCCCACGCUGGCGACUCCCGUGAAUGGCGGGCCCGUCGAGGCCAGCGACAACGUCCUCAACAAGCGUGCCGACAAGGACACGUCGCUGUUCCAGCGAUGUCUGACGCUGCAGAUGCGCCUGCGGGCGAUCCCCGGCUUUGAGCGCUGGCUGAUGGAGGAGGAGGACCGCGCCGACGACGACGAGCCUGUGGACCCUGUGACGCUGCUGUGGAGGACCUUCCGGAGGGGCUAUCCGCUCAUGGAGCUGUACAACGCCCUAGGGCCGCGCAACCUGCUGGUCAUCCCCAAUGCAAAGGCCGACGAGAAGAGCCAGAAGAAGCACGAGAAGAUGGCCACGUACAAGUUCAUCCAGGCCUGCGUCAACGAGCUGGGCAUCUCGCAGGAGAGCUGCUUCAUCUUGAUGGACCUGUACGGCGACGACACGACUGGAUUCGUCAAGGUCACCAACGUAGUCAACCGCGUCCUCGACUCGCUCGUCCAGAUGGGCAAGAUCAACCCUGCCGCCGCCGCCGACCUCGACGACGGCGCCUCCGUCACCUCGUCGAUCAAGCGCUCCCAGCGAGAGUACAUCAUCGACGAGCUGGUCAAGACCGAGCGCACAUACGUCCAGCAUCUCGAGCUUCUGCAGGAAUUCAAGAAGCUCGUAGAAGAGAAGGGCAUCAUCAGCGGUGACCAGAUCCACGACAUCUUCCUGAACCUGAACGCGCUCCUCGACUUCCAGCGCCGAUUCCUCAUUCGUGUCGAGCAGACGAACGCGCAGCCCGCCUCGGAGCAAAACUGGGGGAACCUUUUUGUGCUAUACAAGGAUGCGUUCAAGGUCUACGAGCCGUACAUUGCGAACCAGAAGAAGUGCGAACAGAUCGCGAUGCGCGAAUUCGACAAGCUGAAAGAGACUGGUGGAACCCCUGAGAUGCGCCAGAUGGUCGAAUCGCCCACGCUACUCACCUCCUUCCUGCUGAAGCCCUUCCAGCGAUUGACAAAGUAUCCAUUGCUGCUUUCGCAACUGCAAAAGAACGGUGACCUCGACGAGCAACGAAAGGAAGACCUCACCAGAGGUAUUGACGCAGCCUCAUCUGUACUUGCUGGCACAAACGACGCCAUUGCCCGUGAAGAGCGUGUCGAAGCUGUCGAGGAGCUCAAGAUCCUUGUAGAAGACUGGAAGGGCCACCGCAUUGAGGGCUUUGGCGACCUGCUCCUCUACGGUCAAUUCACUGUGCUCAAAGGUGACAGCAUGAGCUCGAAGAACGAAGAGCGUGACUACAAGAUCUACCUCUUCGAAAUGAUACUGCUCUGCUGCAAGGAGAUCAACGUCAAUAAGCCAAAGAACAAGAUGUCGACCAAGUCGCUAGUCACAAAGGACGGAAAACCAAAGCUGCAACUGAAGGGCCGCAUCUUCAUGCAAAAUGUCACGGAAACCAUCUCAUUACAGAAGCCAGGCUCCUACACUUGCCAGAUCUUCUGGAAGGGCGAUCCAGGCAUCGAGAACUUCAUCAUUCGAUUCACCUCGGAAGAGACCAUGAAGAAGUGGGCUGCCCAAGUGGAUGCCCAGAGGCGAGUAUGGAAGGACCACGCACGUUCCAGCGCCAGCACUACGAACUCGAAGCCUUCAGACACCAACUUUACCUACAUGGCUGGUCUCAACGUAGAGAACCCGUAUGCGGAGCAGGAAGAGGACGAUGAUGACGAUGAGCCUCCGGUUACUGGCUAUCCACGAGACAGUUACGGCAUCAUGCAGAACAGCUCGAAUGGCUCUCCACGAUCACGAUCAACAACUGGCGAAAGUGGCCCACCGAUGGACGGGCUGGAUCCAAGGGUACCACCUCCACGGUUUCCUAUGGGUUAUUCUGGUUCCACUCAGCCGCCACUGACAUUGCGCACGCAGCAGCUCCAAAACUCAGGGGCGAUCGAGUCUCACUUCUCACCUGUUGUUGAAACUCCCAUGUCGUCCUACUCCAAUGCGCGGACCAGUUCAUCCUCUGCAGGUACAUUCCCAUUCCCUCGACAAACACCACCGAAUGGCUACUCCAUGGAGGAGAACAACCGUUACACUGCACCUGCGCCUUCCCGUGGUCAUGGUCGUGAGCCAUCUGGUCAGUAUGCGGCCGCACGCGCCCAAAGGCCGUCGUUGCCAGCCAAUGCCAGUAUGUCAUCUCAAGGUCAACGUCUGCGGGCAGCUAGUAGCCCCGACAUUCACAAUGGUAACGUGCCACGUCAAGGGCCGAGCGGACCCGUACCGGACGUACCACCUUUCCCAACACACUACGCUUACAACGCUGCAAUUGUAAACCGCAGCCAGAGCAAUUCACCGAGUGGUCUGCCGCCAAGAGCAGGCACUCAAUCGCCGGCGAUUCAGAGAGAUCGCCUCAUUCAACAAAGAACAGCUGCAGAGCUCUCCACCUUGGGCGAUUACCAAGGUGGACCAGCUCGCCGCGAUCCAAACUUUGCGCCUAUGUCUCGCACUAUGACGCCUGCGUCCUCUUUCGAGCGAACGAUGACACCAGCCUCGAUGGACUCUCGAAACAUGUCGCCACCACUUGCGCUAGAGCACUCCAACAUACCAACCCAGCUGAAGGUGAAGGUUCACUGUCCAUCAGCAGGCAGCUCAAUGGUGUUGGUCGUCAGCACCAACAUCAGCUACCAGUCACUCAAGGACCGCAUCGAUGCCAAACUUCAGCGAUCAACAGCAGUAUCGCUUGCUUCAGGCCAGGUCAAGCUAAAGUACCUUGACAGCGAAGGUACAUACGUCAGUAUCCAAUGUGACGACGACGUUCAGGAAGCGUUCGAGAAUUGGCAAGAGCAGCAAAGAGACCUCAACCCAGGCGGAGGACAGCUGGGUGAGAUUGAACUUUUCUGCCAACGAUGAUAUAUCCACGACACGGCAUGGGCACGGCGUAUUUGGCGUAUUUCGAUUCUUCUGUUCAACAGCGGGUCCUUACCUGCACUUCUUUGGUGAACGGAGUCAACGCAACUCUUCUUCAACAUUAUAUCCACGAUCUGGCAUUACAACUGGAUGCGCCGUUUCCAUCAGGGCUGGCAUGGCAAGGCAAAAC